AGCCCGAGAAUGUUAUUUUCAUUUCAUUCGUGUUAGUGAGAGAAACCUUCAUUUCUCUCUCUUCUCUCAGCAACUCUCAAACCCCUAUAGCGUGUUUUUCAAUCGACCCAGUAAUGGCCAACAGCAACCUUCCUCGAAGAAUCAUCAAGGAAACUCAGCGUUUGCUCAGUGAGCCAGCGCCGGGGAUUAGUGCGUCUCCUUCGGAGGACAAUAUGCGGUAUUUCAAUGUGAUGAUCCUUGGUCCAACUCAGUCUCCUUAUGAAGGGGGGGUUUUCAAGCUAGAACUGUUUUUACCUGAAGAAUAUCCAAUGGCUGCUCCGAAGGUUAGGUUCCUGACAAAAAUAUAUCACCCUAACAUUGAUAAGCUUGGCAGAAUAUGUCUUGAUAUUCUGAAAGAUAAGUGGAGUCCUGCCCUUCAGAUCCGCACUGUUCUUUUGAGUAUUCAAGCUCUUUUGAGUGCACCAAACCCAGAUGAUCCACUUUCUGAGAACAUUGCCAAGCAUUGGAAAUCUAAUGAGGCUGAAGCUGUUGAGACAGCCAAGGAGUGGACCCGAUUAUACGCCAGUGGCGCUUAACAAUUGGGGUGGAUACUUUUGGUGGUCUCAAAUAACAAUAGUGGAAGGAAGUGUAUGCUAUUAACUAUCAAAUUGAAAUGGAAAAAUUUAGAGGAAUUAUCUAAUACUGUUUUGGAGUCCAUAUUCCUCCUAGUUUCUGGUUACAUGUCUAUUGGAACUUGUAUGAAUAUAUGAGAUAUUGUGUCCAAAAUUUAAAACUCCAUCCUCAACAGCUAAAUGUAAUUUGGGAUUCUCAACUGAUACUUUUUAAUAAUCAUUUCUCUUGGUUUGUCUUCA